AUGCGGCGGCUGGCGGCGGCAUUGCUGGCGGCGGCCACGCGGGGGAGGCGUUGCUGUGGCGGCGAUGCAGCGCUGUCCUCGCGGCUGACGCGGCCCCUCUCGGAGGAGGAGGAGCUGCUCGAGGCGCUGCGGCGCUUCGCAAUCCGUGCGGGCAGGGCCAGGGCGGCGGCGGAGGCGGCGGGUGGACGCGCGUGGGCGGUCGGCGAGGCGGAGGCGGCUGGCGCAGGAGGGCCGGCGCGGGCCGUAGCGGCGGCGGAGGCGGCGGAGGCGGCGGAGGAGGGCGCGGAGGCGGAGCCCGAUGCGGCGGCGAAGGCGGGGUCGGAGGCGGCGGCCUCGUCGCCGCCUCCGACCGCACCGCCGACGCCAGGGGGGGCUGCACCCGUCGCCGCAGCCGCGCCGUUCGCGGCGGAGGCGGUCGUGGCGGAGGCGGAGGGGCUGAAGCUGCACCUCUCGAGCAGCAGCAGCAACGGCUACAGGGGCGUGUACGAGGACUCUGGCCGCUUCCGGGCGCAGCACAGUGUGGCCGGAAGGAGGGUCUCCAUCGGCUCCUUCGCCACGGCGGUGGAGGCGGCGGUGGCGUACGCGCGGGCGGUCGGUGAGUACCAGCCUCCGACUGUGGUGGCGGAGGCGGAGGGCUUGCGGUUGCAUCUCUCCAGCAACAGUAGCACCGGCUACAAAGGCGUGACUGAGCUCGCCUCUGGCCGCUUCCGAGCGCAGCGCAAGGUGGACGGCAAGGAUGUCCACAUCGGCUCCUUCGCCACGGUGGUGGAGGCGGCGGUGGCGUACACGCGGGCGGUCGGCGAGGCGGAGGCGGCUGGCGCAGGAGGGCCGGCGCGGGCCGUAGCGGCGGCGGAGGCGGCGGAGGCGGCGGAGGAGGGCGCGGAGGCGGCGGAGGAGGGCGCGGAGGCGAUGGAGGCGGAGGCGGAGGCGGAGCCCGAUGCGGCGGCGGAGCCCGAUGCGGCGGCGGAGGCGGCGGGGCAGCCGAGGCGGCCACCGAAGCGUCGUCGCACCUCGGCUGCGCAGGGCGCGGCGCAGCUGGCGGCGGGCUGCACGGAGCCCGAGGUGGAGGCGGAGGAGGCGGAGGCCGCAGGCUCAACCUCGUCGCCGCCUCCGACCGCACCGCCGACGCCAGGAGGGGCUGCACCCGUCGCCGCGCCGCUCGAGGCGGAGGCGGUCGUGGCGGAGGCGGAGGGGCUGAAGCUGCACCUCUCGAGCAGCGGCAGCACCGGCUACAGAGGAGUGCGCGAGCACUCUGGCCGCUUCCAGGUACGACGCGCGGCGAACGGAAAGAUGGUCUCCAUCGGCAUCUUCGGCACGGCGGUGCAGGCGGCGGUGGCGUACGCGCGGGCGGUCGGCGAGUACCAGCCUCCGCCUCCUCCGACAGUGGCGACAGAGGCGGAGGGCUUGCGUUUGCACCUCUCGAGCAGCAGCAGCACCGGCUACAGAUGCGUGUUCGCGGACAGGAGCCGCUUCAAGGCGCAGCGCAGGGCGGGUGGAAAGCAGGUCUCCCUCGGCUCCUUCGCCACGGCGGUGGAGGCGGCGGUGGCGUACGCGCGGGCGCAGGCGGGAAGGGCGGGAGGAUCAGAGCGGACGACGACGGAGGCUGGGGCGGCGGAGGGCACGGAGGCCGAGGGGGUGGAGGAGGCGGAGGCCGCGGAGGCGGAGGGCUCAGCAGGCGCUACCUCGUCGCCGCCGUCAGAGGCGGAGGGGCUGCGUUUGCACCUCUCGAGCAGCAGCGUCACCGGCUACUUGGGUGUGCACGAGCACUAUGGCCGCUUCCGGGCGCGCCCGAAAGCGGCCAGAGGGAGGGUCUCCAUCGGCUACUUCGACACGGCGGUGGAGGCGGCGGUGGCGUACGCGCGGGCGGUCGGCGAGUACCAGCCUCCUGCUCAUCCUCCUCCGACAGUGGCGGCAGAGGCGGAGGGGCUGCGGCUGCACCUCUCCAGCAGCAGCGUCACCGGCUACUUGGGUGUGCACGAGCACUAUGGCCGCUUCCGGGCGCAGCACAGUGUGGCCGGAAGGACGGUCACCAUCGGCUCCUUCGCCACGGCGGUGGAGGCGGCAGUGGCGUACGCGCGGGCGCAGGCGGGAAGGGCGGGAGGAUCAGAGCGGACGGCGACGGAGGCUGGGGCGGCGGAGGGCACGGAGGCGGAGGAGGCGGAGGAGGCGGAAUAG